UGUAUAUAUGUAUUUAAAAAUACAUGCAUAUUUAAACCCACUUUUUUCCCCCAUCACUGUCUCUUCCUCCUCUCUCCAUGCUCUCCCUCCCUCCCUCACUCUGUCUCUCUCUCUCUCUUGGUUUUCUCCAAGAACAUCCAUUUUUCCAGCCUCCAGACACCGACAAAUGAACAGUUGAACAGUUGCAGUUGUGAACAUGUAUCCAAGUGGAGAAAAUGGUUAAGUUCUAGACUACUGAAGUUUGUUGAGGACGAUUAAUAUACACUCUCUCCCUCACACACACACACUCAGAAACACACACAUACAUAAACACACACAAGCACACAAACAUUUGACAAUACCACUACAUGUUAUAUAAAGGCAGUAAACCAAUAAAUUAUGGAAAUGAGCAAAGAUACCACACAUGCCAACAUAUACACAUAUAUACAAAUGCAUAUACAUGACUAUACAAUCAAAUACACAUAUAUACUAUAUAUAUAGACACGUGCAAAGCAACAAAUGCACUCAUACACACACAUACAUAUAUUAUAUAUUAUAUAUAUACAUACAUACACACAUAUAUAUGCAUACAUACACACACGCACACACUCAUGUAUGCAACAUAUGGGCAUAUAAUAUAUAUAUGCACACAUAUAUACACAAGUAUUGAUAGAUAUAUGCUUACAUAAACUCAAACAGCUGCAGUGUUGAGAGAAAUAAUAUAAAUAAGAAAAUAAUGUACAUCAUGUCGGUGGUGAGUGUAUAUACACUGGCUGUAUACACAUUGAUUGCAUGUGCUUUAUUACCUGUACACACUUUUGAAUUCUACAGCAAGUUUCAGGUGAAAGUCUCAAAGGAGGAGCAAAGAAAAUAUUUAUAUGAAGCCCACCGCCAAUGUAACAUUUCAAGUGACGAGGUUUCAAGUUCGAAUCCAGAAGGUGCACGUUGCAGUAGUAUCUGGGAUGGUAUCCUAUGUUGGCCACAGACCUUAGCUGGCACAGUAGCUGAACUUCAGUGUCCUUCCUAUAUUAACAAUUUCUACACAAACGGUCUGGUAAGCAGAAAAUGCAUGGAAAAUGGUCAGUGGUAUGUACUUGAACGCUAUAACCGAAGCUGGACAAACUACAGUCAGUGUUUUGGAGAAACUAAUCGUUGGGUUAAGGUGCAUUUAUCACAUAUUCCAAUUAUUUAUACCAUUGGCUAUGGAAUAUCACUGGUAUCACUAUGUGGUGCAGUUCUUGUAAUGCUCUAUUUUCGGCGUCUUCACUGUUCUCGCAACAUGCUGCACAUCAAUAUGUUUAUGUCAUUUAUUCUGAGGGCAGCUGUUUGUCUAAUCAAGGAGCAACUCCUCGUGGAUGGGUUCGGUCUGCCAGAUGAUCUCCAAACACAUUCGAAUGGCCAGUUCUAUUUUAGAGAUGACAGUUCGCACUGGCAAUGCAAAGUAUUGUUCUCUUUGUUCCACUACACACUGGCUGCCAACUACAUAUGGAUUUUGAUGGAAGGGCUCUAUCUACACAACCUCGUCACGGUGGCCAUGUUUUCUCAGAAGAGCGGAGUCAGACCAUAUAUUGUCGUUGGCUGGUGUUUUCCGUUUAGUUUUGUGAUUCCAUGGGUUGUUGUGAGGCUGUUUCUAGAAGAUACAUACUGCUGGUACACUCAUUCAAACAAGGCAUAUUUUUGGAUUAUGAAGGGCCCCAUUAUGGGAUCAGUUAUGAUUAACUUCUUGUUGUUCCUCAACAUUAUUCGAGUGCUAUUCAGCAAGUUUGAUAUGAACCGGCCAAAGAAAAGAGCCAGAAAUAACCGCUACAGACGAUUGGCAAAAUCGACACUGGUUCUAAUCCCAUUAUUUGGCAUCCAUUACAUGGUCUUCCUCUGGCUCCCAGAUGACAUUGGCAAGAAAGCAGAACUGGUGAAACUAUAUUUCGAGAUGCUGUUUAAUUCAUUCCAGGGACUAUUUGUUGGGAUCUUGUUUUGUUAUAUGAAUGCAGAGGUCCAGUCAGAAUUACGCAAAAUGUGGAUGCGCAAGAAACAAGGUCGGCUUGACUCAGCCUCUUUACCACGCAGCCAGUGGCAGACAUUCUUCUCUUCUUCGAUCAUGCGCAACCGCAGUUCCGUGCGUUGCACCAACUCCCCUUCUCACUGCCAUUAUCAAAUGCAAACGGCCACACCAUCGCCACCCACAAGGCAGACGGCAAGGUCGAAUUUGCCAACAGUGCUACAACCAUCGCCACCACUACCAGCAUCACCACUGCUAACCCUGCGAGCGAUGCAGACUCGCUCCCACCCUCAAAUGCAGACCCUGGUGCAGUUGCAUCCUUCGUCAACAUCAAUGCAGAAACACCAAGACCUACCUAAGAAAUGGCCGGGCAAAAGUGAUGUGGUCGUCUUGACGAAAGGACUGAACAGUUCCAACUUUGGCAUCGUUACUACAAUAACCCCUACCAACACCAUCAUUACAAGCACCAACAGCAUAAUUCGUAACACCAACAUUGCAGAUACUAACAUCGACCCCGACACCAUCACUGCCAACAGAAGUAAAACAGACAAAAACGGCAGUGUUACAGAAAGCCCUGUAUAAAGACACAAAGUUAGUCACGUAGGAGUGGCUGUGUGGUAAGUAGCUUGCUUACCAACCACAUGGUUCCGGGUUCAGUCUCACUGCGUGGCAUCUUGGGCAACAUAGACAUACCUGAUUCUGUAGUAUUGCUUUACAAAGUAUUGGAUAAAUGUCCUACAUAACUUCCAUAUCUUUUUCUGAAAAUUUCUUUGUAUUUUUUAUAUUUUAAACACUGGUUUUGCCUAA